AUGCAAAUGGAAAUUAAAGAAGAGGAGUGCGACUAUUCCUUCAAAAGUACUAUUAACAUUUAAUACUAAGUUGCUCUGGUUGGAGAAUGUGAUGUUGGGAAGACGUGUAUUUGGCAAAAUUAUUUGAAAGGAAUGGUUCCAAAGAAAACUGUACCAACAAUAGGCGUAGAAUUUGAAACCAAAUUCGUCACCUUGUCUGAUGGAUCAAGAAUCAAAGCCCAGAUUUGGGAUACAGGUACUGAAUGAUUAUAGGAAGCUGGUUAAGAGAGAUAUCGUUCACUUACAAAUAGGUAGAUUAUUUAUUAUUGACACAUCAAGUCAUUUUAGAAAAGUAGUUGGAGCAUUAGCAAUUUUUGAUUUAACCAAUAAAACAAGUCUAGAAAAACUACAACUUUGGAUUUAAGAAUUAAAACAUCAUGGAGAUAGUGAUAUUCAAAUAAUGAUUGUGGGAAACAAGUUAGAUUUGGUCUAAAAAAAUCCAAGUUGCAGAUAGGUAUCAGAGGAUGAUAUCAAAUAAUUUGUAAAGUAAAAUAAAUGGAAAGUAUUUGAAAUAUCAGCACAAGUACCAGAAAAUGUGAAUCAAUGUUUUGAAUGCUUGUUUAUAGGUUAGUUAUGAUAAUUAUUAAUUCAGAUCUUUGUAAACAAAAAACUGGAUUUCGAGGAGGAGAGCAAUCAUAACUAAAACUUAUGAAAUAAUCUGCAAACUUAAAUGAAGGAAAAUGUAAAUGCUGA